AUGCCUCCAAUAGAUCUGACCACAAUAAUGUCGCCGAACGUGUUCAUUUUCAAAUUGUACGGCUUCUGGAAACCCGACACAAUUUUAUCGUUCCUGCUGAAAGUCCUCGUAUUAUGCAUCCUGCUGACUUUUUUGGUCUCCUACGCAGUUCUCACGUUUUCGAUGAAUCUGGUCAAGCUGGCGUUCAUGUACAAAAACAUACAUAAAAUUCUGGAAAUGAUGGCGUUACUGAAAACCGAACCAUUCCGCACCAAAUGUCGAGAGCACGAAGAUCUGGCCCAAUCCACCAAAAAGUAUUAUUCAAGUGUGUUUUACUUCUGUUUGGUUUUAGGACUAACCGUGGAUUUGUUUUGGGGAAUCUACCCUGUGACAAGUGUUGAAUCAAUAAUACCUUUCAGGGCUUGGUUUCCUUUUAAUUAUGAAGACACGGUUUAUUUUAAUGUUAUUUAUGCUCUCCAAACCGCGGCAGCUACGAUGAACACAGUGAUUUGUUUGAAUUUGGAUUGCUUUUCUUCCUCUAUGUUGGUGCAGGCUGGACUUCAAUGUGAUAUGAUGUCUAUAACAUUAAAAAAUUUGGAAAAGUUUAUGGUUAACGAAGAUGGAGAACUGCUUGAGGCAAAAGUUAAAGACGAAAACAAACAAGAAUACUCUAACAGACUUUUAAAGAAUUUGAUUUAUUGCAUCAAGCACCACGUUGAAAUAAAAAAAUGGGCUAAAGAUUUAGAAGAUCUUCACUUCAUCAGUGUAUUCUUAUUAUUCGGGGUUGGCAGUUUGGUUCUGUGUACUUCUUUAUUCGAAAUUUCUGUGGUAAAUCCAGUAAGUAUGGAAUUUGGAAUGUUAUUGGCCUAUAGCUCAGCAAUCCUAACAGAAUUAUAUCUUUACUGCUGGUUUGGAAACGAACUUAUAUACAAAAGUACUCAAGUUUUUGAUUCAAUCUGUGAAUCUCCAUGGCUAGAUUGCGACGUCAAGUUUAAGAAAACCAUAGUCAUGUUUUUGAUGGGUGCUAGAAAACCAAUUGUUGUUUAUGUGGGAGGAUUGUUCACAAUGUCACUUCCUGUUUAUGUGACGAUCUUACGAUCGUCCUAUUCCUACUUUACAUUACUUCGAAAUGUUUACAAUUGA